UCGAAAGCAGCAAAAAUGUUCUCCCCGGACUACUUCCACACAGCCUCGGCUCCAAAACUUCAGGAUUACCACGACUAUGCCCAGGCACACAUUCGGGACAGACGUAUCUCAUUAUCGCCUCUGGCCAAANAAUGGCUUCGCAAUUACAGAGAACCCUACAAAGGUUUCACUUCGGAUGGAAACAUUGUUCCUGGUCUCUGGAAAAGUACCCCAAAUGCAAAUGGACCGACGCAGGCGAUGGUAGAUGCAGCCCAGCACUUGCUCGCAGUAGCAUCAGCAGCUGAGAAGGCACGAUUCCGUCAUCUCGUUACUGCUAGAGAAUGGCGUGCAUGGUCAAACCCUGAGGUUAUCGUCAUGGAAUGUGGUCUCCGUGUUGAUGCCAUGAGCUCAGACACCAUGAACGCUGUAUACGAGCUACUCAGAGUGUCAUUAAGUCCCGAGGGUUUCGAGAGAGUCUGGACAGCGAUGAUGAUGACCCAAGCCGAAAACCAGGAAGACUUGCACCGUAUCGCCGGUUAUCAAUUCUGCUUGUUCGGCGAGCCUGGCCUACUUUCACCUUGGGGAUUCAACCUGUUCGGCGACAACGUCUGUGUCAACGUCUUCACGCUCGGCGGAGAAGUUGUCAUCGGACCAUUCUUCGUUAGUGCUGGUCCUAGUUUUACGGAGCAGGGCUUGGUAGAUGGAGUACAGGUGUUUGAGAGAGAAGAAGCAGCUGGACUCGCUUUGAUGGCUUCUCUCAACCCACAACAACAGCGCGAAGCCAGUCUUCUAGGCGAGAUUGAAGACUUCAACGCGGAUCAAGAUCUGUUUGACCCAAUGGACUACCGCAGCGUUGGAGGCGCACACCAGGAUAACAGGGUCGUGCCCUACGAAGGCAUCUGCGCCGCCGAUUUGAACUUGAACCAGCAACAAGCCCUUCUCAAUAUUGUGAGGUCUUUCAACCAAGUCUUGCCACAAGAGUCUUUGGAUUUGUUCAUGCAGCGAGUGGAGAGCCAUCUUGGCGAGACCUACUUCUCGUGGCUUGGCCCUGUUCACACAGAUGCGCCUUUCUACUUCCGCAUCCACAGUCCAGUGGUGAUGGUCGAACUUGAUCACCAGGAUGGAAUCAUGGUGCCAGGAACAUCAAGCAAACAAUACCGCAUUCAUGCGACGCAGCGCUUGCCCAACAGAGGCGACUAUGGAGCUGCAUUGCUGGACGAGUGGGUGAUGAAGAUGGCUGGAUUCGACAGAAUCGGCAGCAUGGUUCGAUAA